AUGUGCGUACGUACGAAGACCUCGUACGGCUGUGGGUGCGAGUUCAAGACUACCGUUGAGUGUCACUCAUCACGCUGUCAAGGCCUGGAGCGAUACCACUACCCCCGAGAAGGGGAUUGCCGUGCUUGCAAAUUGGGCGGCCAAGAAGUGACUCGUGGCCGAGAAGGCAAAGGACGCUAUGCUCAAGAACUCUCCAAGAACAGCUCAAUGGGAGCCAUCAGCCGGCUCUCAGGUGAAGGCCAUCCAUCUUGUCCUUUGGACAUCGGCGGAGGCAUCAGCCCCUGGGCGGCUCCUACGAAACGAGAGAAGGAAUGGCAUAGUCCUUCCAGAAAGAAGGCUGAUGAAGCGUGGCUGCAAGAGCAUGUUGAAAGGAACUCGGAUCUACAAACGAUUCGCGAGUCAGCCUCGACUAUUUCCGCAUCACCGCCACCCUCUACUGCCGCCCAGCAACCUGAUCGUCGAGCUCGAGCCGCAAAGGUGUAUGAGCUUGGUGAACCACAGUCUUACAACGAGUUCGAUGAAUAUAUCGAGCGCCCACACCGACGAGAGUUGACCGAAGCGCCAGUCCAGGUAGAGGUUCGAAGUGCGCCAGAUCAUGCUAUACGGCUGAGUCGUCGACCGGUUCACCAAAGACGGAGGCAUGAUAGUCAGGAGAGUUUCGGGAGUCUUCGCAGUUCCCAAUCUUCUUCGCGAAGAUACAGACUCGCGUCGGGGGCGUACACAGCUUAUGAUCCUGUUGAGCCAUGCGACUCUGGGUAUGGAUCAUACGGAACCCCAGCUUGCAACGUCUAUGAAGUAGCCAAGACCGAGCCCUACAACUAUUCUACAGCACCACGAACCGUGAGCGUUAAACCGUCUUCGACAGCAUUCUGUGGCGUCUACCAAACCGGGUUCGGCAUUGGAGGUGUCGACAUUGUCUCAAGAACUCCGCUCUACGCAUACAGCACUAGGAGGCUUUGA